AUGAAGAGAUAAUGUUAGGUAUAUUAAAGAAGUCUUGAAAUAAAAAUAAAUUGAAAGAGAUUUUCUGAUUGAACAAUAAUUACUUUUCUUUGCUGAUAUAUUUCGAACAGUUUGAUCCAAGAAAUAAAUAAAUUAUUAAAGUUCCUAGAAUAUUUGUUUUCGAUAUCUUAAAAAAAUAAAUCUUCUAUAAUUAAUUUGUAUUAAAAGCAGGAGAAUUGACUUUGGAUGAUGGAUUUUUAUUUCCAAACUCAAAUAAAUUCACCUAUCUUUCUGAUUUAAGUAUCUUAAGUACUUAAUAUGAUCAAGAGUUUUCAAAAAAGUCUUUUGGCAAAGAGUUAAUUUCAGUUUUCUUUUUUACUUUAGAUUAAAUAAAAAUAGUAAAUAUGGUUGAAUAUCCUAAAAUAUCAGAAAUAUUAGCAGAUACAGGUUCUAUUAUAACUUGGAAUCUUUCAAUAUCAUUUAUAGUAUCAAAAUAAAAUGAAAAUAUUUGCUUAUAAAAAACAUAAAAUGAAGUAAUUUAAAUGUAUUAUCAUGAUUUCAUUGAUUUUAAAAUACAAAAGAAUUGGUUAGGUAAAGUCAUUAGGGUGAAUUAUAAAGAAAAAGAGUAUGAUCCUAAAAAAUCAGAAGAAAUUCUAUCUAGAUUAAAUCAAAUUGUUAUUAAGAAAAUGAAUUACUUAAAUUUAUAAAAUGAAGUAGCAAUGUAAGUAUUUUUGAUCAAAUUAAAUUAGAUUAUAAUUAAUUUUAUAAGAACAUUUAGGAUUGCAAUAAAUUAAAAAAUAUUUAGAAUCAAAAUAUAAAUUAGAACUACUUUUUGAUAAGUUAUGCCACCUGAAAAAACAUCAAACUAAUAAAUAAAUUAGAUUAAAUAUCUUUUUAAUUGUUUAAGAAUAUUUUAAAUGA